AUGGCGACGCAGGUGUUGAUAGCCCAUACGGGCCAGCGCCUGCAAGUGGACACGACGCAGUUCUCAGCGCUCGAUGAUUUCAAGGCCUGGAUCGCAAGGCAGACGUCGAUUCCGGCGCAUCAAACUGUUGCUUUGACUGCCCAAGGACGAAGUGUCAAGCUGCAGACUCUUCACCAGGAAACGGAGAUCUACAUCUAUGACAUCCGUUUAUCGCAACCCAACUCCUCUGGUGUCGCCUCUUCUCCCAAGUCCGAACUGCCGCUUCCCAAGCGAUACUCCGUCCCGAACGCCCCCAACUACAUCGGCAACAUUCGCGUAUUGUCCGAAUGGCAAGCUUUGUACAAGGAGCGCCAGGUCUGGGCCCUCGGCAUCGUCCAGGACUCUACACACAUGGCAACCGAGAUCCAGCAACGAUACGGCGAGAUGGACGUCAUUAUCAAGUGCCUGGACGCGGCAGUGGCCAAUCUGGAGAUUAGUAUAAAGCAGAUUGAGCCCAAGUACGCCGAGCUAAAGAAGUGGUUGCAGCCCGCGCUGGAGGAGUACGAGCAGCUCGCUGAAAACUGGGAGCACUACCUCACUAUCGCGCGCAGCGUGCCCAUCUCUGCCGCCAUGGUGCGCUUCAUGACAUCUCGGGACCUCAAGAAGAAGCAGGCGACUUUGGAAGACCUGAUCGAGCAUGAUACGGCAAAGAAGUCGGGACGAUUGGCGCCAACGUCUUUGAAAAAGUUCAGUACCAAGGCCGCAGAUUUGGACAAAGCUGCGGACAAGAUGUAUGGGGCACUGGAGCAGCUGAUUGGGGACUUUGACAACCUAGUCGGUCGAUCUGCGUUAUCCCAUAGCGGCGAGGCGGCGCAACUACUCCAGGACCUCGAGGCCGUGGCCAAAAAGAUCGAAACAGACUACCACAUCGUGCUGGAGUAUCCCGACACGCAGCCUAACGUCUUACAGGCAUCGCGGACGGCGGAGAACCACACAUCACGACUAAUCCCCAGCUUGAAGAAGCGCGCCGCGGAGAUGGACGAUAUGCUGCACUAUGUCACGCAGGCGCGAAACGCCAUUGCCUCCGAUUGCAUCGACUUUAUGCGGAACAUCACUGAGAUUACCACGUUACACAGCAGCGUUAAGAAUCAGAUUAGUCUCCUGAAUCAAGCUGAAGACGACAUGACGACAUUUGACUAUUUGCGUCUUAUUCACCAGCUCCCGUACAUGUACGCCUCCUUCGUCUCCGAAGCAGUGCGACGCCGUGAAUGGUCUGAUAAGAUCAAGACGGAUUCGUCAACGCUCGCUAACGAGAUGGCGCUAUUUCAAGACGAGGAGUCGAAGAGGCGGAGAAAAUGGCACAAGAUGGUCGGUAGCAUGUACGGCCCCGACAAGGCUGAAGCCAACAUCUUAGGUCUCGAGGUCAACUUGCUUGGCGAGGAAGAGACGUGGCCAAACAUGGCUAAGCGAGAUUUGGAAGAAUUCUUGGAGCACCUCCAACGACAACAGGCCGAGGUCAACAUCAUUGACGACGUGGCAAAGCUGGUCAACGAGCUGGGCAGCCCCACGAAGCAGCAGGCGAAGAGGUUGAAAGCCUUCAAGAAUGGGAGUGUUCAUGAGGCCGCCCUUGGACGAAGCGGUUUGAUGAUCCGCGGCGAUGACGACCUGCUUCGCAGCCUUCAGGAUGACAAGUCAAAACUCGAAAACAAGCUAAGGACGGCGGAGAGCCGGGUGCGAAGGUUAGAAGACUUGCUCCACAGGCAAAGUGCGGCGUCUCGACCAGGCAUCGGAGGUCUAUUUGGUCACGAAAGGAACGAUUCAACGAACUCGAUCAAGUCAAAUGCGCCUUUGGAGGAUAAUCGUCGUUCGACUGGGAACUCGGAGGCACUAUUGCAGAGGAUCCAACAAUUGGAAAAUGAACUGAACAGUCGUCGAUCAUCAGACAACUCAGAAGUCUUGACCCAGAGAAUACGGCAGCUUGAAAAUGAACUCAAUGGCCGCCCGGCACCCGGUAAUUCGGAGGCUCACUCGCAGAGAAUUCAACAGCUUGAAAGUGAACUCAAUACAGAGAAAGAAAAGUGCGCAGCGUUCGAAAGAGAUCUUAGCGUCCGGGCUACCGCCCACGACGACGUCAAGGGCCGGAUGGAGGAGGCGAACUCCACCAAAAAGGAACUCCUCGAGAAUAUGGAGGCCUUGCAACGGGAAUUUGUCGAAGAGCGAAAGUCACUCGAGAAUGAGAUUAAGGGACUCAAGGCCCGCAUCGAAGACACCGAAGAUGAAAUUGAAAACUUU